AUGUCCAACAUGGCCCGCAACCGCGUCAUCCCCGCUGUCAUCGCCUCCGGCCUCUUCGGCGGACUCCUCUACUCGACAGCCGGCGGCUCCAAUCAGCCUCGUCCCCGCGCCCGCCACGACGCAGCAGCCACCAACCUAAACGUCUCUGAGUCCCUCGAGUCCAUCGCCGGCACGGGCGGUAAGCACACCCGCAAGCAGUCCGACAUACCCUCCGACAUCGACCCCAAGAACACUCGCAUCGCGAGCCACAACCCAACCGCCCACGCCAAGCGGUCGCCCUCCAAGACGCUCGACCUCGGGGACGGAAGUGAGCCCAGCCAGCUGCCCAAGAAUGUCGGGCCUCACCGGGAUCUUUGA